AUGGGAGGCGGCCCUCCAGGUCAAGGAGGCAAAGAUGACAAGGACAAGAAGAAGGACAAGCCCAAGUACGAACCUCCGCCGCAGCCCACUACCAGAAUUGGACGAAAGAAGCGCAAACAAGCCGGUCCAAGCGCGGCUGCAAAGCUUCCAACCAUCUACCCAACGGCCAGAUGCAAAUUAAGAUAUUUGAGAAUGCAGCGGACACAUGACCAUCUCCUCCUAGAGGAGGAAUAUGUCGAAAAUCAAGAGCGCAUACGCAAGGCCAAAGCCGCUCAAACACAAGCUCCGGCCUCUGCGACAGAAGGCGACGCACCCGAUCGAAAUGCAGAUGAAAGAAGUCGCGUGGAUGAUAUGCGAGGAAGCCCGAUGGGGGUGGGUAACCUGGAAGAACUCAUCGAUGACGAUCACGCCAUUGUUUCCAGCGCGACUGGUCCCGAAUACUAUGUCUCGAUUAUGUCUUUCGUCGAUAAGGAUCUCCUCGAACCGGGCGCCUCCGUCCUCUUGCAUCACAAAUCGGUUUCUGUCGUUGGCGUGUUGACUGAUGACGCCGAUCCACUGGUUUCCGUCAUGAAAUUGGACAAGGCCCCCACAGAAUCUUACGCGGAUAUCGGUGGAUUAGAAUCCCAGAUCCAGGAAGUCCGCGAGGCCGUGGAACUCCCGUUAUUACAUCCGGAAUUGUACGAAGAGAUGGGUAUCAAGCCACCCAAAGGCGUCAUCCUGUACGGCGCGCCGGGGACAGGAAAGACCUUGCUCGCGAAAGCGGUCGCCAAUCAAACAUCAGCAACUUUUCUGCGCAUUGUCGGCUCUGAACUCAUUCAAAAAUAUCUGGGCGAUGGUCCGAGAUUGGUGCGUCAGCUUUUCCAAGUCGCAGCGGAGAAUUCCCCGAGUAUUGUCUUUAUCGACGAGAUCGACGCCAUCGGCACGAAACGAUACGAGUCCACCUCGGGCGGUGAACGAGAGAUCCAAAGAACCAUGCUUGAGUUGCUGAAUCAACUGGAUGGGUUCGAUGAUCGAGGCGACGUCAAAGUCAUCAUGGCCACCAACAAAAUCGAGACUCUCGACCCGGCCUUGAUCAGGCCGGGACGCAUCGACCGCAAGAUACUGUUCGAGAAUCCCGAUACCAACACGAAAAAGAAGAUUUUCACUCUUCACACCAGCAAGAUGAGUCUGGCGGAAGAUGUGGACUUGGAUGAGUUCAUUGCUCAGAAAGACGACCUCAGCGGUGCGGAUAUCAAGGCCAUCUGUUCGGAAGCCGGAUUGCGGGCGCUUCGUGAAAGGAGAAUGCGUGUCAACAUGGCCGAUUUCAGAAGUGCAAAGGACAGCGUGAUGAAGACCAAGAAUGAGGGUGAGCCCGAGGGUCUGUACUUGUAA